CCCCUCAGCUUCAUGCAGCUACUUGCAUAUCUAUCUAGUUCUAACCUAUCACGUGGUACAUCACCAUCUAUUGGAAGCUCCAAAGGCAUUUAUAAGAAAAUCUAGGCUGGCAAGCUGACUUUAAAAAGAAGCCGACGGUAUUGAGUUCAUAUCCUCUCCACUCUAUCACAACCAUGGGCACAGAGAAAGUCAACUACACAGGAUUUACCGAUUUCUUAAGCGAAUUCCCGGAUACUCUAGCUGUGAAAAGAUUUCGAGAUUUACAAAUAAGAAAUUUACUAUUUUACCAAGCCGAAUUAGCACAUCUUCGAGUAGAAUUGGAGGAAAUCGAGCAAAGAGACGUCAAACACACGAUCGAUGUAUCUGCACGUGCAAACUUCAGAUGGACACCCGCGAUGGCAAAAGACAUACCGUUUUCCAUGCAGCAACCUACGAUAUCCUCACUUUAUCGUGAAAAGAUGCUUCAGAUUCGCAGUACCUUGGUAAGCUACAACAAUGCCGUGGAACAAUACAAACGACUAAAUGACAUCCCGUGUCCGAGGCGCCGAGAUAUCACAGCUAUCUGCGACUGGCUGAAUAGAAUGAAUAUGGGAGGGGCUUUCCUCGCCGGUGAUAUCGAAGAUGUCUGGAAUGUCCAAACGCCCACGGGCGAAUUUAAACCAGCAAAGGCCGACGAGUUCUACGCAUUUCAGGACAACAGUGGUCUUGCAUUUCGCAUCGGCGCCAUUUUCGCUUCCAUAUCAGAAAUGCUUUGCCGUGGCAGCAAGCCUGACAAGCCUCAUUACGUCAACACCUCCUCGGCUAGCGCCCUGGACCGAUCGAUCUCGACGAUCAUUGCAAGCCUCUUCCCCGUGAUACCAAUCAUAGUCUUCUAUUUCGUCCGCCGACUGGGGAUUCGGAUCGGGCUUAUAUUCGUAUUUACGGCCGCUUUUGCAGCCAUAUUGGUGUUAGGCCUGCAGCUUAAGCCGGAAAAGGCCCUAGCUAUUACAACAGCUAUUGCUGCUAUACAAGUCGUUUACGUUGGUUCUACCGCAAAUGGCGGCGAUUCUUGAUAUAAGAUGACUCAUUUUCAACAAACAAGGCCUUCAUCUAUAAGGGCAUAUUAGUAACUUAGGUAAUCGACCAGCAGAUAUUAGUAAUAUGACCCUUUUCCAAUUAUUUGAUAUUCACUCACAUCUCUUAGCCACGGAUGCUUGGAUAGGCGCAAACCGAGUACCAGGACACCCACGAUUCCAUGGCGAUCGGUGUGUUUUUGAACAUGAUU